AUGGUGGCGUCCACACAUGAUGCCGACAGAGAAAUCCUCCAACGCAAUGAGGAGGUCUGCUCCGGCCGUAUCGUCCCAGAUGUCAUCACCGCCUUGGAUAACCAUGACAUGGCGGUCCUAUGGAUCUCACCAAAUGAGGAGUGGCGGACCAUCAGGAAAGCCCUCAACACUUACCUCAUCCACCAACACAAACUCAACACCCUCCGUGACCUUCGCCAGAACGUUGUCGAGGGCAUGCUGGAGUUCCUCCGGGAAUCCGGGCGGAAGAAGGUGGCCGUGGAUAUAGGAAAGUUGUCAUUCGCAGUGGCGCUCAACCAGAUGUCAAACACAUGCCUUUCACUAAACAUGACCAGCUAUAAGUCAGAUGAUAUCGGUGGGUUCAAGACGGCUGUGAAGACAUUGAUGGAGGUGGACGGGAAGUUUAACAUGGCAGACAUAUUUCCGGUGUUGAAACCGUUGGACCCUCAGAACAUACGGCGGCAGGCGAAGGUUGCUUAUGAUUGGUUCGAUAGAGUGACAACAGGUUUCAUAAGUGAGAGACUAAAGCAUCGAAUGUCGAGCCUUGAGAGGUUUGGUGAUAUGCUGGAUUCACUGUUGGACUACAGUUAA